AUGAGAGCCGCCUCUAAGAAUUCGUUUGAGAAGAACUUUUUCAAGUUGAUUAACAAUUCAAUCUACGACAAAACUAUGGAGAAAGUGAAGAAGAGAGUCGAUGUGAAACUCGUGAGGAAUGAAUCCGAAAUGAUAAAGGCAGUGGCAAGCCCAUGCUUCCAGUCGCAUAGGAUCAUGACCGGUGACAUGGUCGCAGUAAAGACGAUGAAGGAAGUGCUAACUCUGAAUAAACCAUGCUACGCAGGAAUGUGUGUACUCGAUCUAUCAAAGGUACUGAUGUACCGGUUUCACUACAAAACGAUGAAGUCUGAGUACGGUUUCAAGUGCAAACUACUGUUCACGGAUACGGACAGUCUGAUGUACGAUAUCAAGACCGACGAUGUGUACAAGGACUUUGAGGAGAUCAGCAAGAACAACGAUAUCUUCGACAACUCUGACUAUCAGAAGGACUCACCAUUCUACCACGACCGGAAUAAGAAAGUGGUUGGAAAGUUCAUGGACGAAGCUGGUGGAGUUCUAAUUGUGGAAUUCUGCGGGUUGAGAAGUAAAAUGUACAGUUACCUGAAAGAGAGUGGCAAAGGUGGGAUGACGGCAAAGGGUGUGAAAAAGUAUGUGAUAAAAAAACAAUCUAACACACGACGACUUCAUGAAUGUGAUAAGUGA